AACCGUAGCUUAGUGACAACACGGCAUUAGCACUUUGGUCUGAGCUGCUAGUUUGAUUGAUAAGUAGCACUGGAGCUUGUAGACGCAAACUGUCAAGCUGUGCAACAGUCCGUCAACGCUUUGAAACUUGUACACCGGUAGUGGAAGAUGAGGCUGAAGGAAAUUCAGAGGACUGCCCACCAAGCGUGGAGUCCUGCUGGACACCAUCCUAUCUACCUAGCCUUAGGAACAUCAGCACAACAGCUUGAUGCUUCUUUCAACACCACAGCUGCCAUAGAGAUAUUUGAGAUGGAUUUUGCUGACCCAUCUCUGGAGAUGCAGCUGAAAGGUUCAUUACCUACCACAAACAGGUUGCACAGUAUUGUAUGGGUAAAUUUUGGAGCGGGCGAAGAUGGAACUGGAGGGAGACUUGUUGGUGGAAGCGAAAAUGGCACAUUGACUGUAUAUAACCCAGAGGCUAUAAUAAGUUCUGGAGCAGAGGCAGUAGUUGGGCAGUCUGACAAACACACAGGACCAGUCCGUGCACUUGAUUUCAACCCGUUUCAGAAUAAUCUUCUUGCAUCUGGAGCUAAUGACUCAGAGAUAUACAUCUGGGAUCUAAAUAACUUCAGCAGUCCUAUGACUCCAGGAGCAAAAACACAGCCUGUUGAAGACAUCAGUGUUGUGUCCUGGAACAGGCAGGUUCAGCACAUCAUGGCUUCUGCUACCCCCAGUGGGAAAGCGGUUGUGUGGGACCUGAGAAAGAAUGAACCCAUCAUAAAAAUCAGUGAUCACAGCAACAGGAUGCACUGUUCAGGAUUGCUCUGGCACCCUGAUGUGGCCACCCAGUUGGUGUUGGCUUCAGAAGAUGACCGACUGCCAGUCAUCCAGAUGUGGGACCUUCGUUUUGCCACAUCACCCCUUAAAGUGCUGGAAAACCACAAACGAGGAAUUCUGUCCAUUUCUUGGAGCCAGGCUGAUUCUGAGCUCCUCUUGAGUAGUGCUAAAGACAACAGGAUCCUCUGCUGGAAUCCAAACACUGGAGAGGUAAUUUAUGAGCUUCCAACAACAAACCAGUGGUGCUUUGAUGUCCAGUGGUGCCCCAGGAAUCCAGCCCUUCUUUCAACAGCAUCGUUUGAUGGGAGAAUCACGGUUUACUCUGUGAUGGGAGGGAACUUGAAGGCUCAGCAGCAAAGCACAGCUGAUAUGAUAUCCUCUUCAUUUGACACAAUGGAUCCCUUUGGUACAGGGCAAGUGCUGCCUCCUCUACAAGUUCCUCAACCCAGUGUGCAGGACACCAUCAUCCCUCCCCUAAAGAAGCCACCUAAAUGGGUGCGCAGGCUAGUCGGAGCUUCCUUUGGUUUUGGUGGAAAGUUGAUAACCUUUGAGAAUCCAAAGCUACCUCCGGUGCAGAGCCCCCAGCCUGUCCCCAGACAAGUCUUUGUGAGCCAGGUUACCACGGAGACAGAAUUCCUCCAGCGCUCCAGGGAGCUUCAGGUGGCGCUGCAGUCAGGUUCAUUCAACAACUACUGCCAGGCCAAGAUUCAGAACUCCAAGUCAGAUGCGGAACAGGACAUAUGGAAGUUCCUUCUGGUCAACUUUGAGGAUGAGGCUCGCAUUAAAUUCCUUAAACUUUUGGGUUUCAGCAAAGAUGAUUUGGAGAGAAAGAUUUCAAAAUGUCUUGGGAAGAAUUUUCAAUCCAACGGCCAUGGAGUUGAUGCCAAAGAUCUCGCAGAGAAGAUGCAGCGUCUCACAACUGAGAGGUCAGAUGAAGCUGCAGCUGAUGUUAGAACCUCAGGCUCCAUUUCACCAGCAGACUUAUUUAGUCAUACUCCAAAGGACAAUUCCACCUUCCAAAUCCCUGUGUCGUGUGACACUGACGGUUUGAUAAGCCAGGCGCUGCUGGUUGGUAACUUUGAGGGAGCCGUGGAUUUGUGUCUAAAUGACGGUCGUUAUGCUGAAGCCAUUUUGCUAUCCAUCAGCGGUGGAGAGGAUCUUCUUAAGAAGACGCAGCAGAAAUACCUCAGCAAGCAAAAGAACAGCAUAUCAAUGCUUAUAGCAUCAGUGGUGACCCAGAACUGGAGAGACAUAGUGGAGAACUGUGAGCUGGACAACUGGAAGGAAGCUCUUGCUGCUCUACUGACUUACGCUCACCCUGAAGACUUUGCAAGUUUUUGUGAUACCUUGGGAAACCGGUUAGAGCGCGAGGGCACGGAAAAGCGCUGCCUGCAAGCCUGUUUGUGUUACAUCUGCUCAGGAAACAUUGAAAAGCUAGUGGAGUGUUGGGCCUUGCACAGAGACUGCUCUUCCCCUCUUGGGCUAGAGGAUCUAGUUGAAAAAGUAAUGAUGCUACGAAAGUCAAUUGAGCGCCUCCGCAACAGCGAGGUGGCAGUGCAGAGCCCUAUCCUGGCUGAGAAGCUAACCUGCUACGCUGGCAUACUGGCUGCAGAGGGCAGCUUAGCCACUGCCAUGACAUAUCUGCCAGACAACUCAGACCAACCUGGGAUCAGUAUGCUAAGAGACCGGCUGCACCAUGCUCAGGGAGAGGCUGCUGCCCGACAGCAGGCUCCAAACUCCUUCAGCAGGGUCGGCGUGCCAACAGCUAAUCCCAUGCCUGCAGCAAAAGCACCAAUCAUGAGUCCGUACCAGCCAUCUGCUCCACCCCAGGGGACUUCUCAACAGCAACCUGCAAUGCCAUCACUUUUUACUCCUCAAGUCCCUCCACCCAACCCAGGCCCGGGUCUGCCAUCCUCCACUCAUGUACAUCCGCCCAGUUCCACCCGCCCAGUUGUAAGACCUUCCUAUCCGCAGCAUCCUGCUACAGCUCCAGCUUUCCCUCAUCAGCCAUUCCAGCCUCAGCCCAUUUCCACUGGUGGACCUUUCUCUCCCACAGGCCCUCCCAUGUCAACUGCAAGCUUAUCAAGGCCUCCACUACCACCUUCAUCCUCCACCCCUGGAGGCCUGCCCCCCACUCCAAGCCCUGGGGUGCCCCCAAUAGGCUUUGUGCCGUCUACCUCUUUACCCUCAGGCAUGAUGCCGCCCAGUUCGCAACCAGGGGCCCCAGGUCCUAUGUACCCAGGCAGCUUCCACAACCAAGGCCCAGCAUCCUCCAUGGCACCUGGUCCCUAUGCUCCUAUUGGAGCUGGAUAUCCCCAAGGAGGUCCUGGAGCUCCUGCACCAAAGCCCUUCCAGGCCCCUGUUGUUGCUCCUCCUCCUACAGGACCACAAGAAGGCUGGAAUGACCCACCAACGGUACGUGGUGGACCCAGGAAGAAGAAGGUCGCUGACAACUACACUCCACCAGCCCCCAUCACUGCUCCUGUGAUGGGUUUCCCAGUGGAGGCCCCACAGCCCCACAACCACACCCAAGUCUCACCCGGAGCUCCUCAGGAGCCCAGUGUACAGCUCCUCCAGCAGCUGCCAGCGGAGAGAGUAGAACAGAAAGAAAUCCCAGCGGAGCACGUGGUCCUCAAAACCACCUUUGAUAGCUUGGUGCAGCGCUGCCAGCUCGCAGCAGGAGAUCCUCAAACAAAAAGGAAGCUUGAAGAUGCAGGAAAGCGUUUGGGACACCUGUAUGAUAAGCUGAGAGAGCAGUCGCUCUCUCACAACAUCCUGAGUGGACUCCACGAGAUCAGCCGGUGCGUGGCGAGCCAGAACUACCAGCGGGGCCUGGAGAUCCAUACUCAAGUUGUCAGCAGCAGCAACUUCAGCGAGAUUUCUGCCUUCAUGCCCAUCCUCAAAGUGCUCAUGACCAUUGGCAACAAGCUAGGCGUCUAACACCCCAAAGACAACACCAACCACUCUUCAGUGUUACCGUGUUGUUGUGUACGUAUUUAUUUCCUUAAAGAACCGACGAUGUGUCAGCGAUGAGAACAAUGGCUGAUACCGUUACAGAACCUGGUCCCCGUCACCCUGUAGAUGGUCCCUCCUAGAGGAUGUGGCUGUUUGAGGCAGUGCAGUGGAGUUUUGUAGAUGGCUGUGGAUGUUGCUGUGCUAAUUUUUACAAAAAAAGAAGAUGAAUGUAUUCAGAAAGUGGCUGAGUGUAAAUUCAAAUAGUGAUGUAAUACGUGAAACCAGUUGUUGCAAUGUAGGUUCAUUUCCAUAAAACACGUUACAUCGUGUUACAGUGUGUAUUUUCCUUUUAUAGUGCUAACAGAUGUUCUUAAAGUUUAAUAACACACAUGCGGCACUCCGGCUGCAAAAAACAAAACAUCCACGUCUCACAUUUUCAUAAAUCAUGAGAAUAAAAUCUGGGUCGUCUUUAAAACCCACCCUGUCGGUGUACUCUGUGUGUAGGAUGACACACUUGUGUGCAUCAUUGUGUAAAAACAAACGGCAUCAAAAGCCUUUUCUGAACUCUGUCAUUGAACUUCUGAUUGUUCGGAAGAUUUAGUUCUGUAAUUAUGGGGUGGGGAGUUCCUGGGCCAAAGCACUGAAGAAGAAUGUCUAAUUGUUAUUUUUAUUUUCUAUUAGAUUCAACCUUGAUAGCUUGUGGGAAUGAUCCACAUAUUUGCUUUAAUGUACAUGCUUCCCUGUAUUUACACUCGGAUGAAUUUAAACAGCAGCUUUUAGAACUAAACUCCUAAUAAUUUCUGUUGAACUGCAAAGAAUUAGCCACACCCUCAGUUUCAGGUCCUUACUGCACCUUUCUUGCAGACAGCAAAGUUUCAGUUUGUAACAUCAGUUUUUAACUUUGUCUUAGAUGCAUUUAUAAAAUAUAAGCAAACUGGUAGACUACAGGUGAUGUUCAUAGUUUUGUAGCUGCUUAUAAUAAACCUGGAUUUGGUUUUUGUUCUUUUUGGGGCAUUUUGUGGCGACAGAGGGCAGGGAUGUGCCUCACUGUGCCUGUUUUGGUUACACAUGGACAUUUAUACAAUCCAUGUUGCUGACUUUACUCAUUUCUUUUUGAAAUAAAGUUCCACUUACAAUA